CGCUCUGCUCGCUGCCAAGUCCGUUUCCAAGUGGUGAUCGAUUCAGUUCUGCUUCCCGAGCUGAGCUGAGCAGAGUCAGAAGAUUUACUGUAGGUUUUUGAUUGAGGUGCCCGUCCGUCCGUGUGUAGAAAGAAGAAGUAGAGAUUUGAUUCGGUAGUGAAACGGAGGCACGAGAGUAUUGUUGAACAACUGCUAGACAAAAUGUUCCACCUGAAAACAAUUGCCAAGAGUGCGGCCCUCAAGCAGGAGGUGUCCACGCUGGUCAAGGCGGCCACCGCUGCCGGCGUGCAGCAGCGCCCCUACUCCCAGCACCAGAUUCCGGAGCGCCUGAAGGAUGUCGGCACUGCCGCCAGCCCCCGCUUCUUCGACAUGGUCGAGUACUUCUUCCACCGGGCCGCCCAGAUCUGCGAGGAGAAGAUGGUCGAGGACAUGAAGGGACGCAUCUCGCUAGAGGAGAAGCGCAAGCGGGUCAAGGGUAUCCUGAUGCUGAUCCAGCCCUGCGACCACAUCAUCGAGAUUGCCUUCCCGCUGCGCAGAGAUUCGGGCGAUUACGAGAUGAUCACCGGUUACCGCGCCCAGCACUGCACCCACCGUACGCCGACCAAAGGAGGUAUCCGUUUCUCGCUCGAUGUGUCGCGUGAUGAGGUGAAAGCCUUGUCGGCUCUGAUGACCUUCAAGUGUGCCUGCGUGGAUGUGCCAUUCGGUGGUGCCAAGGCCGGAGUGAAGAUCGACCCCAAGCAGUAUUCCGAGCAUGAGUUGGAGAAAAUUACCCGCCGGUUCGCACUGGAACUGGCAAAGAAGGGCUUCAUUGGGCCGGGUAUUGAUGUGCCCGCUCCCGAUAUGGGAACUGGCGAACGUGAAAUGUCUUGGAUCGCCGACACCUACGCCAAGACCAUCGGUCAUCUGGACAUCAACGCGCACGCUUGCGUUACGGGUAAACCAAUCAACCAGGGUGGCAUCCACGGACGUGUGUCCGCCACCGGGCGCGGUGUCUUCCACGGUCUGGACAACUUCAUCAAGGAGGCUAACUACAUGGCCAUGAUCGGUACUACCCCCGGCUGGGGCGGUAAGUCCUUCAUCGUGCAAGGUUUCGGUAAUGUCGGUUUGCACUCGUGCCGUUACUUGUGCCGCGCUGGAGCCACGUGCAUCGGUAUCAUUGAACACGACGGAUCUAUCUUCAACCCACAGGGUAUUGACCCCAAGGCUCUAGAAGACUACAAAAACGAACAUGGAACCAUUGUUGGAUUCCCUGGUGCUACUCCGUACGAAGGUGAGAACCUCAUGUACGAGCCAUGCGACAUCUUCAUUCCGGCUGCCAUCGAGCAGGUCAUCACUAGCGAAAACGCUGGCAAAAUCAACGCCAAAAUCAUCGCCGAGGCUGCCAACGGUCCGACCACCCCAGCCGCCGACAAGAUCCUAAUCGAUCGCAACAUUCUGGUCAUCCCAGAUCUGUACAUCAACGCCGGUGGUGUGACCGUUUCGUUCUUCGAGUGGCUCAAGAAUCUGAACCACGUCUCGUACGGCCGUCUGACGUUCAAGUACGAGCGCGAGUCGAACUACCACCUGCUCGCCUCUAUCCAGGAAUCAAUUGAAAGAUAUGUCAAUGAGGACCAAUCGGUGCAAGCUUCGCUAGAAAGACGCUUCGGAAACGUGGGCGGUAAGAUUCCGGUCACCCCUUCGGAAGCUUUCCAGAAGCGCAUUUCCGGUGCCUCGGAGAAGGACAUCGUGCACUCCGGUCUGGACUACACCAUGGAGCGUUCCGCUCGUGCCAUCAUGAAGACCGCCAUGAAGUACAACCUCGGUCUGGAUCUGCGUUCCGCUGCCUACGUCAACUCCAUCGAGAAGAUCUUCCAAACCUACAGAGACGCCGGCCUUGCCUUCUAAUAGAAUGAACGCCAAGCGUGCAAAAAAUCCUCGCAGGCAAGGUACGAAGAUUGUGGUGGUUUCCAACCAGAUGCGGACUACAUAGACAAAGCUGAACAAGCGGAACGAUCCCGAAAACCCCUACCAACGCAAAUCGAGAGCUGCCACAAUCGGAUAUUUCUACACGUUACUUAAAACUAAAUCUAUUCGCGAGUAAGUCUAAAGUAUCACGUCUCAAAUUGAGCCAGUUAAUGCGGAACCACAAUGAUAGUUAUUGUAGGCAACCUGUUCAUGCUUUUGCAAGGUGUGACUCUAAUUAAGUUAGUCCAUAUUUUCGUUAAUGUUUGUGCUAUUCUCCAAACAACCCCUCAUACCGACAGUUUGUUCUCACAUUAUCAUAGGUGCUUUAUGGUGAGAUAACGUAUUUUGUUCACCCACAUUAAAUGUCCCCAAAGUGUUACAUUCGAUGUAAGUCAGUCCUUACCCUUAAAAAUUUAGCAAUUCUAUUGAAUAGUGUAUGUUUCAAAGUUUUUCCCCACUUUUUACACUUUUACACCCAAGUACUCAAAUGAACAUACACACGACUACCAGCUAGCAUGAUAGUAGUAUGUACUUAUACGGAAUAUAAUACUUAUACCACUUUUGCAAUUAUUAGUAAAUGUGAAACCACGUGUUGUAUGUGUCGCAAAAUACACAUGAAAGGAAGCAAGGUGCCCGACGAAUGUGACGAUUAUCUUGAUUACGAUUUUAAUUGUUCAGCACUAUUAUGUUAGCAGUUGACACUCAGCACAGCUUGGCUAUCGGCAGGAUGACAAUGGUUUGGGAUAAACACAAAUCAUACAUCAGAAUGCUUGCUAAGUUUACGAACCGAACCUAAGACACGCAGUCCAGAAAGCAAUUACGUAUGAGGAAGUCGAGCAAUUUGAAGCACUUUAAAAUAAAUAUUGUGAACCAAAAGUCAA